GUAUAAGAUCAGGGCCCAAUUACUGUCGUUUAGUUGAAAGGAGAAAAGAACAAAACCAGGAUAAUUUCGUAAUACGUAUAUGUGGCUCUAGAGCAACACUCUUUCUCAGUACAGCUGCCUCUGUAAUCUCUUUCUCCUUCCUCAGUCCAUUGACAGCUUUACAGGUCUCAGAAACUAGAGAAGGAAUGAUGUCUGCAACCAUAUGCCAUUCUAAUAUAUUCUGCUAUUACACAAAGCAAGCUCCAGUACACCCAGCUGUUGGAAUACGGAUCCAAAAUCAUCUCUUUUCAAAAACCAACCAAACCCACCCCAAGAAAAUUUUAUCUCGUAAAUUUUUUGUAGUUGCUGUAACGGAAGGUUCAGCUAAAGCAAGUAAGUCUGAAGAAACUAUUCCAUCUUGGGCUAAACCAGAUUCGGAUGAGCCCCCUCCUUGGGCUAGGGAUGAAGCCAAAGACUACUCAUUACAACAGGGCUUUGAGAUUCCCUUUUAUGUAUAUUUACUUGCGUCAACAAUCACUGCAAUUGCUGCUAUAGGUUCAAUUUUUGAGUAUGUGAACCAGAAGCCUGUUUUUGGAAUUCUCAACUCGGACAGCCUUUUUUAUACUCCAUUGCUGGGAUUCUUUGCGAUUACUGGCAUCCCAACUUCUGCUUUUCUUUGGUUCAAAUCUGUUCAAGCUGCUAACAAGGAAGCUGAGGAUCAAGACAGGAGAGAUGGUUAUCUGUAAUAUUAAAUUCUCACUAUAAGUUAUUUAGGAUCAUUAUCCCUGGGAGAUGAAUAUUUCUCCUUAAUUAUUUGAAAAUUUUUGUUCUUCAAUUCAAUAUUUGCUUUUAUAAAAAAGUAUAGCAACACUUCAUCACAAA